CAUCACUGGUUGCCGCAAAGGCCUCAUUCAUGCCAUAGAUAUUGGAAACAAAUUACAUUUUGAAACCCAUGUUCGUGCUACGUAUAGUAAAGAUUUCAAGUUGACAAAUAUAAUUUAUUUAUAACAUGGAUGUGAAAUUUUACGGCAAAUAAGAUUUACUUCAUUGGGAUAGCAUUAUAAAUGGAACAAACAAAAUAUAGCAAAUUGUUUUUGCUAUGGAUGAUAAUAACAUUUAUCUAUGGUGCUGGAAUUUUUUUAUUUGGGUUCUUUCCAAUAAACAACUACACAUUAGAACAUUCCACAAGGGAGGGUCGUCCACAAAAUUUGGACGAGUUGAGAUUGACUUCGCCGGCUCAGCUUUACACUCAGACAAUACUUAUGCUGGUGGAUGCAUUGCGUUCUGAUUUUCCCACAUCAAGGGAUAUGCCCUUUUCAUAUAAAAACUCGUGUAGUCGUCUGAAAGUACGAGUUAAUAUACCCACAGUGACUAUGCCUCGCCUUAAAAGCUUAAUGACUGGUACUGUCUCCAAUUUUAUUGAUAUUAUCUUAAACAUUGGUCACGUCGAGCAGCUGUCGGACUCUUUAUUACAUCGUUUACAGCAACGUAACGAGACUGCGGUUUUCGCCGGUGAUCGGACAUGGAUAAGUCUCUUCCCUAAACAGUUUAAACGCUUUACCGCUAACGUUGAUUCCUUUUUUGUGAACGACUUUUAUGAGGGGGACAAGAACGUAACAAAAGUUCUGUCUAAAGAACUACAGGAAACCGACUGGAUGUUGUUGGUGCUGCAUUAUCUAGGACUGGAUCACAUUGGUCACGUAGAAGGCAGCGAAAGUUCAAAAAUUCCGUUAAAACUGAUUGAAAUGGAUAAAGUUGUGGAAAAGCUAUACAAAUCUAGGCAUUUUCACAAACAAUUACUUCUGCUGACUGGUGACCAUGGCAUGAGGGACGGCGGUGGACAUGGAGGGAGCACUUACGGCGAAAUGUAUGUACCGUUUCUUAUUUUCAAGGAAAAUUGUAACACAAAGAGUUUCAGAUCUAAUGAGUAUAAUCAAAUAGAUAUUGUUCCCACAUUGGCGAUAUUAUGGUCCAUGGAAAUACCACCAAUGUCUGUUGGGUGUUUGAUUCCCGAGCUAUUGCACGAAUUCUCUUUUGAAGAUCAACUUUAUGCAUAUUACUACAAUGCUUUACAUUUAAUGCGAAAAGCUAACAUAAAAUUCGGAAAGGAAUAUAUCGAUUCCAGUUCUACAUCCAAAUGGUUUACAACUGCCAAGUCAGCGCACAAACAAUUCCUUUUAACAAAGCGAAAUGAAAAUUUUGAGAAUGCUUUUACUUUCGAAGACGCUAAAGUACACUAUUUACGAUUAUCACGUGACAUUUCAGAACAACUGUCUGACUCAUUGGUGCAAUUCGAUUAUGGACUUAUUGCUAUUGGAUUAUCGCUAAUGACACUGGUAGUAUCACAAACCCUGUUGGUAUUUAACAAGGGUUACGUGAACGAUUUGCUCACAGGAAAAGGCGAGUUCUUAUGCAUAAUUGUAAUUGCCGUAUGCAUAAAUAAAUUGUGUCACUACCAACGAUACAUCACUACCACCGGAACCAUAAGUACCUUCGCGCUUUUGUUGGCAAUAAUGGCGAAUGUUCACUUACUAUUGAAUAUGAUAAAACAAAUUUCGCGGAGUUUUCAUGAUUGCAUUGACCUGCAAAUCUCACUUCCUAGCCAAAUCUGGGUACUUUUGGGUUGCUUAGUAUUUCAUUCCAUAUCGCUGUCUUCUUCAUCAUUUAUCGAAAACGAAGAUAAAAUGUGGCAUUAUCUAGGUACAAGUGCAUUGAUUUUGCUCUGCUUUCAAAGCUUCUGUAAAGAGCUGUGGGCCAGUAAACUAGAAUUGUGCGAAAACAGUUUAGCAUUGUAUAGCGUUUUUUUGAAAAGGAUUUUCAAAUCACAUUCAUCGUUGCUGGUGAUUAGCGGUUUGUCUAUUUUGGCACGUUGGAACGUAGUUGGAUCUUAUAUUAAUCACGAAAAAGCAAAGCCAUGGUUGAGUUGUGUCUUAGCAGCUGGUCUGGUCCUGUUUUCAUUAUGUUUACAUCAACGUAUAUUCGUACAUACGCACAAAGAGUUUGCCAUUUACUCCUUGGCUGCAAUGCUAAUUUAUUGCUAUCGUGCUUCUAAGGGAACUGUUUUUUCUAUAUUCGAUACAAGUUCUUGUGACAACUUUAUUCUGAAUUAUUUCUGGAUUGUUGUCGGUAUAGCCAUCUGCACUAGUUUAUCAUCUGUUGUAUUAAAUUCAAAACGACUAAAUGGCCACCAAUUGCACACUUGCCCAGCAGGUUGUUUCAAAGUUGUAGUAACUUUUUUACUUCUAAUUUCGAUGUUGCUGCAUAAGCCCCAUAACGUUGUUCUAGUGGCCUCUUUGAUCUACACUCUCUCCUUGUCUUAUGAUAUGUGCAGCAAAUUAGAAAAGAAGACACUUCAUAAUUACAAGUACUUAUCGAAGAUUUUAUGCACUAUACUAGUGUCAAAUAUGUUUUACUUUUAUCAGGGUAAUUCAAAUAGUUUUGCUACAAUCGAUCUAAAUCCUGGUUACAUCGGUCAAACCACAUAUAAUCCAAUAAUUGUGGGAAUCCUUGUAACACUAAACAUGUACUCUGCACCGCUAACUGCAUUUGUGUAUUUAGUUACACAUAUUUUGCAAGAAAGCGAUAUCAUCAAAACAAACAAAUUGUGUACGACUGAGCAUAUAAAUUUUAUUCUUUAUUUUUACACAUUAAGUAUAUUUUUACCUGUGCUAAUUUAUUUUUGGUUACUGUUAUUCUUUCGCUAUCAUCUUUUUAUCUACUCAGUAUUCGCGCCUAAAGCGUUUUACGAAUAUUACAGAGUGAUCGUACUUUUUCUAACGGUUUUUAUGACAACAAUUAACUUGUACAUAUUCAAUUUGUAA